CUGAGCUGAUGCAAACUACAGCAAUGGACAGCACUAGAAGAUUUGAAAUCUAAUCACAUGCAUUAUACCUCUUGGAUAUAUUUUUAAUCACACACACACACACACACACAUACACAUAUAGACACACUUCUACAUACAUAUAUAUAUAUAGACACAGAUAUAGACAGAGACAAUAUCAUCCACACCACCUCCAAACAAACACCUUUUUCUUUUCUCAGAGGAUACACAUACACACACAUCUCUCUUUAUCUCCUCCUGGCUUCCUGGAGGAUUGUGCCGGCUGUUUUUCAUGGAGAAAGUCCAGGGAGAAAUGGAGAUUGAGAGAUGGGAAAGGAGCGAAGAGCUGUCAGAUGCCGAGAAAAAGGUGAUUCAAGAGACCUGGAGCAGAGUGUACACGAACUGCGAGGAUGUUGGGGUCUCCAUACUGAUCAGGUUUUUUGUCAAAUUCCCGUCUGCCAAGCAGUACUUCAGUCAAUUCAAGCACAUGGAGGACCCCCUGGAGAUGGAGAGGACCCCACAGCUGCGCAAGCAUGCCCGGCGGGUCAUGGGCGCUGUUAACACCGUAGUGGAGAACAUCAACGACUCCGAAAAGGUCUCAUCUGUUCUGGCCCUGGUGGGCAAGGCCCAUGCCCUCAAGCACAAAGUGGAGCCUGUCUACUUCAAGUUCUUCACCGGCGUCAUGCUGGAGGUCAUCGCCGAAGAAUAUGCCAACGACUUCACCCCAGAGGUGCAGAGAGCCUGGACCAAGGUGAAGAGCCUCAUCUACACCCACGUGACUGCCGCGUACAAGGAGGUGGGCUGGGUGCAGUAUCCAAACUCCACCAUGUGA